UUAUUGUCUAUCUGUUUCUAUGUAGUCUUAUGAUCGCAAAGUAUUGGAAUUAGAGAGAGACUUUCUAAUGCAAGAAGACAUGUAUACACAGUCUCACAGAGAGUUGGUCCACAUCCAAGAGAGUAUGAAUUCAGAAGUCAAUGAAGUCCUUAAAAGAAUCCAAGAACAUGAGCUAGAGAGAGUUAAUAAAAUUGCAAGAUCACUUAAAGAAUUUGCCAGGACUCUAUCCAAUACAGCUCCUGCCUAUCUUGAGUGUAUGCAGAGGAUUGUCUUCAGUAUUGAUAAAGUGGAUGGUUCUACUGAUAUUGAGUGUUUUGUGAUGGAGCAUGAGAAACUACUGGAGGAACCACUCAUCCCAACACUAGAACUUCACUCUUGCAGUUCUCGUUCAAAUCGAAAAGCCAAAACUGAGAAGUCGUCUGACGAUUUCAAAAAUGAGGAUGCUGACGACAACCUAAAGCUGGCAAGACUUGUUGCAAUACGAUAA